UCGGGCAUCCCUGAAUCAAAGUCUGCGAUUCGAAUCGCAGAAAGGCAGAAACAGUCUAACGAGCGCCAGGCAAGUUACGUUCGAUAACCUGCGCCCAUUCCGACUCGGUUGGGCUGCUGCUUCUUCAAAGAGAGAGAGAGAGAGAGAGAGAGAGAACGGUCUAACGAGCGCCAGGCGAGUGAUGUUUAAGAACCUGCGCCACUCCAAGUAAUUUUGAGUCUUCUUCAAGAAGAGUGAGAGAGAGAGAGAGAGAGCUCUGCCUCCAUGUGGUUUCUGUGCGUUUUCUUCCACAGGCUAUUGGAUUACAGGCGGCCGGAAGUCGAAGCUCUCGCUGAGCUCUUCGGCGCAUUCCCAGACGCACCUGAGGGCCAGUCGUCGCUCCAAUGGAAGCUUCCACAGGACCACCACCCCGAUUCCCCUUUCCAUUUCGUCUGUCUCCCUUCUGAAGAUAUCGCCCGAAACAUCGCCAAUCGAAGUAUACUAGUGAAGGGAAUUUAUGAACUUUGGGGUGAAGGGAGUAGCUAUGAAGAAUUGGAAGAGGCUAUAAUAGGUUUUGCAGAUGAAAGGAAGUUACCAUACUUGACAUCGGAAAGCACAUUCAGGAUCACAGUGGACAGCUUUGGCAAGGUUCUCAGCCUUCAAGAGCAAAAUGAACGCAUUCAGGCCCUUGGUUACAUACCAUUCAAGGGUCGUGUAAAUUUACGAAACCCAGAUCACAGGUUUUGGCUUAUGGAGACUGAUGAUUAUGGGUCAAACAAUGGCCUUCCACCAGUUGUUCAAAAGAGAAUUUUUUUUGGACGCGAGGUUGGGGCUGCAGAUAGGAAGCUUUUGCCGACUUAUCAGUUAAAAAGUCGCAGGUACUUGGGCCCAACGGCAAUGGAUGCAGAAAUGGCUUUUCUUAUGGCUAACCAAGCCUUGGCUAAACCUGGAAAGUUGGUCUACGAUCCUUUUGUUGGCACCGGGAGCAUUCUUGUCGCUGCCGCACAUUUUGGAGCAAUGACAAUGGGUGCAGACAUUGACAUAAGAGUAGUACGUGAUGGGCGUGGCCCUGAUUGUAAUGUUUGGAGCAAUUUUAAGCAGUAUGGUUUACCAAUGCCAGUUUCUCUCUUGAGGGCGGAUAAUAACCUUCCUCCUUGGCGUCCCGGACUGAAAGAGGUAUUUGAUGCAAUAAUCUGCGACCCUCCUUAUGGAGUUCGAGCUGGGGGCCGUAAAUCAGGUGGCAGGAAAUUACUGAAGGGUGCUGUAGACCCAUACACUGUUCCCGAUGACAAGAGGAGGGACCACAUACCAUCAACUGCACCUUACAGCUUAGCCGAGUGCAUGCACGAUUUGCUCGACCUUGCUGCCAGGAUGCUGAUUAUGGGUGGGAGGCUUGUCUUCUUCUACCCAGUAGUAAGGGAAGACGGAAUCACUGAUGCACAGUUCCCUGAACACCCAUGUUUUACAAUGGUCGCAUCCUGUGAACAGAUCCUUAGCUUCCGUUACAGUCGUUACCUAAUGACCAUGGUGAAGACUGGAGCAUAUAGCGAGGAAGUAGCGGAAUUGGCUAAGAAGAAUCACAUGGAGUUCAAGGAAAACCAUCUUAAGUGGUUAGAAGACGGUAAUCUUCACUCAGCAGUGUUUAGCCGAGCCGACGCCCAAAUAGGCUGUUCUGAAAAAUCGAAGUUCGACAGAGAUACGAAGCCAAAAUACAGAGGGAAAUACGUGUAGAUAUCAUCCAUCCACGGGAGGGCCAUUAUAUAAAGGGACCCCAAACCAACGGUUAAAGCCCUUACAUAUCCUAUCUCAAAAAUUGAUGGCGAGAGAAUCCUUUCGUACUGGCUCGGGUAAGAGUAAUAAUUUCCACAUCAUGUUUGUAGAAUUUCCGGUCUGUGCAAAAGGUGGGCCACACCAUGAUCAUCUGAUAUGAAAAUCAGGCCCAUCCACUGAUUGGUUAGCUCAAAAUGCUAGAAUUAAAGACAGUUGAUGGAAUGACUCAAGUGUAUAGGUCUGGCUCAGCCAAUCAGUGGAUGCGCCUGAUAUUAAUUCCGAUUGAUCAUCAUGGUGUGUCCCACUUUUUUUGGAUGGACAUGAUAUUUUCCACCAUUGGCUGGAAAGAAAUCACUGUGGCUAGUGAUAAGGCCAUUAUUUCUACUUCUCUACUGUGUACAUGAUCGAAGGGGUAGAGUUUUCCAGUAAUUAGUUAUUGUAAUUAAGGACCUGAAAUGGGUUUUGGAUAAAAAAGGAGUAGGCAUUUAGUUUUUGUAAUUCGACCCUUGAUGGGUUGGUACAACUCAAGCUAUUGUGGGACACCUCGCAGGCAUUAAUAAAUGCACAAUCACGCCUAAAAGCUGCGUUU